GUAGCAUUUUGGUACCCCACCAAAGAUGUGGACUUCACCCACCCUGUGCCGACUGGAGUCUCUUUGGCUCAAUGGGAAGCCCAGCCCAGCGAGGUGUUGGGUGGAUCACAGUUUGCUUUUUCGUCCGGAACCCUGGCACAGCAUGCGGCGCUAUGUGGAGCAUGUGCUCCACAGGUUCCUGAGGUUUUGCCAGGGCUGGGCAACGCAGAUCUACGUGGUUUGACUCAGGUUUAUGCCUCCCCACAGACCCCUAGAAGUGUCAAAGAUCAGAUCGUGGCAACCAGAACAGACGUUUUGGAAGAAACCGAAUGUGAUUUCUCUGUUGUCGGGGAGAGGCUGUUGCAGGAGAGCGAGAAGGCAAACUACAAACCCUGCAGUGCCAUCUGGACGCAUCCAACCUCAGGUGGGCAGCUCUUUAUUGCCAACCAGGCUUCUGCCACUUCAAAAGAUGUUUUGCAGGAGCACAAAGUUGGCUUCAUAGAUCCGGACGUGCGCUACCUGUACUAUCCAGUGGCUUACUGGCGGGAAGCUGCAUCGGACAGAUCGCCCAAGAGUGACUUGGAGCGACCCAGGCGAGAAGACUACUUUCCAACACACUUGCGAGUUCUCAAGGUUGCCACCGUGCGGGUACUGCCGGCGUGGCAGGUCUCAUGGAGCAACUUGGUUGGAGAUUUGAUCACUGGAGUGAAGGAUGGGCAGAUUGUGGCAGAGAUCGUGUUCCACAAAUUCAAGAGGCUCUGCAAUUUGGACUUCAAGUCCGCUCUUUGUGCUGCAAAGGUUGCCAGACCAUCGGUAGAUCCGAUGGCACAUCUCCAGGCGUUGCUACGGAAGUUCCUUGGAGUGCCACUUCCAAGGUUCGAACUUGCGAAGCGGCACGGCGUGGUGGAGAAAGCUGUGGAACAAGCUCGACAGCAAGGCUUCCAGGUUUUCAACAUCAAGCCCCCGAAACAGGGACCGUCUAGCGAGUCCAACGCGCUA